AUGCUCAAUCUCACGAAUUCAAACACAGACAGAACCAACAGAAGGAUCGUUGAAGUCACAGACUACAGCGCAGAAAAGACCAGCAACAACACUUCUACUAGCCACAAACUCAACUUCAAAAUGGGUGUUCACCCUCAAAUUGUCGGCCAGGUGCCAGACAUGAAACUCGAGGAGCUCUACCAACCAACCAUGGUGAGUAUUACGGUCGUGGACGGGGAUGAGUCUGAGACCUUCCACAUUCCCCGCGAACUGAUUUGCACUCGCUCCGAUUACUUCAGAGCCACCUUCAAGGGACAAUUCUCCGAAAGUAAAUCACUUACUACCACAUUAGAGGAGACUCCGAUCUGGACAUUCAAGACAUUUGUUGGUUGGCUCUACACCUGCCGACUUGUUUUACCUCAAACACCGACCGGUCUGCUCGGCGAGACUGGAGAAGCAAAAGACCCAACGACGUGGCCUUUCCAGACUCUGUUCGAGCUAUCAUCUUCAAGAUCUCCUCUGGAGACGGAUACCCCGAGCUUUCUUUCCGAGAUCGCUUUCCUUUACGGAAAUGUUCCUCGUGCUUCGCCUCUCAUUCGAUUCAUCUGCUAUGAUGCGGCCGAAAAUCUCGAUGAGAACGAAGCGCUCAGAGAUUAUCAGAAGCAGAUUAUCGCCGUACUUGGCGAUGUUGAGAUCGCAUUUGAUAUCGCUUCUGAUUAUAAGGCUGCAUGUGAAGCGUCGAAGCGUCGAAGUCCAGAUUGCAGGGGCUCUGCUGGACUCUUCGACUUUGGGAUCUCAUGCGAUGCACAUUCCGUGCCACCUUACGCGGCGAACCACUGUUUGCAGAAGUGGUGUUUCUGGCACGAGCACGAAAAGGACGAGAAUGAUUCCGAGAAGACUAUCUGCGCGCACAGGGUUGAGAAUUUCGAGGAGAGACUCGAAGCUCAAUACGAGGAGUCGGGCAGGUCUGAACUCUGGGAGGACAGGAAAGGUGCAUGGCGUCGGUCUAUGUUUACGCUAACUCCUUCCAGAAGCGUACGUGAUUUCUUUGACUAUGGAUGGGUAAACCUUCCGUUCUGA